AUGAAGCUCAUGGACGUGGCGAACCUGCCAAGCUUCUGCAUCCGAUGCAUAUCCCCUGCCCACGCAACCCACCUGCCUACCUGUCCACCCUCCCCCCCCGUGUCAGGCGGGCAGCAGGGCGCGCGGGGCACUGAUGAAGCUCAUGGACGCGGGCAGCAGGGCGCGCGGGGCACUGAUGGAGCUCAUGGACGUGCAGGUGGCGAUGGUGGCAUAUGGCACGGAGGAGGAAGCCACAGCCCAUGCUGCUCUGCUCAUGCUCUUUUGCCCUUCUGCCCCUUCUUCUGCCCCUUCCUCUGCCCUUUCCUCUCCCCCUUCCUCUCCCCUUUCCAGAUGCAAGUGGCGAGGGAGGGCGGCUAUGUGGCAAUGAUGGCGUAUGGAGCGGAGGAGGAAGCUACAAGCCAUGGUGCCGUACAAGUGGCGAUGGAGGGCGGCUAUGUGGCAAUGAUGGCAUACGGCGCGGAGGAGGAUGCAGCGGUGGAGGCGAUGCUGCUCAAUGCCCUGCUGCGCCUCGCGCUGCUGCCGCACUCCCAGCCUGCUCUCUCUCCCCUGCUGCUUGAUGCCUUCUCCGGUGCCGCGGUGAUGAGUCGCCCGCUCUUUGAGCACCGAGCCGUGCCGCACCUACUUGCGCUCGCUGCUGACGUGCACUUCCAAGUCAGAAAGGCAGUAGCAGAGGGCCUGGCGCAGUGCUGCAGGGCCAUGGGGGCCAAUGCUGCAUGCCUGGACGGCUCUCUGCUCCCCCUGUUCACCUCGCUCUGUUCCGACACCUCCUGGGCCGUGCGAGUGGCGUGUGCAGAGGGCAUAGUGGCAGUGGCAGAGGCUGCUGUUGCUCUCGCGCCCAAGGCUACCUCUGCUGGUGAGGUGGAGAGUGCAAACGCUGCAGCACAGGGGCUUGAAGCUGCAAGAGAAGCUGCACCUGCUACUGAGGAAGUCGGUAUGGGGGAUGUGGGGCUCGCAGGAGAGUCAAGGGUGCAGGGUGGUGGGAUGGUGUCUGGAGCGGUGCGGCACGGUGGAAUGGGGUCUGAGAGUUGGGGGGAGAUUGAAGAAGUGCGGGAGAUUAGUGAGGAAGCGGGAGACCAUGAACCAUCAGCGUGGGUGCGGGAGGCAGCUCUUCAAAUGCUGGGGCCGCUGCUGUCCGUGCUGCGAGGCGCUGACAUGCGGGACCUGGUGCACAUGUUUACGAGCAUGGCACAGCCAGUGCCCAUGGGUGAUGAUGGCGAUGGCGAUGCAGACGAUGACCGCCUGCCGCUCUACUGCGCCUUCAACUUCCCAGUGCCCAUGGGCGAUGGUGGCGAUGACAUGAUAGGGCCACCAGUGCCCGUGGGCCAUGGUGGCGAUGCCGAUGCUGACGAUGAUGACCGCCUGCCGCUUCACUGCGCCUUCAACUUCCCACCGGUGGUGGUGGGGCUGGGCCCAUCGCGCUGGUGGGAGCUGGAGGCAGCAUACGGCCACCUGCUCGCCUCACCCCAUGUGAGUGACCUCCUCAUUGCAGCGAGUCAGAGCAUGGCGCUACCCUCAUCGCCCCACGUGAGUGCAUGCUGUCUACCACUCCCCCCUCAACUCUCUCUUGUCAACUCUCUCUUGUCAACUCUCUCUUGUCAACUCUCUCUAUAUCCAUCCCUUCCCUCCCCCAUUCUUCCUCCCUCGAACCCGUUCCUGCUCUCCUCUCCGCCAAUCGCGCCGUGCCAGCUGGCGGUGCGGCGCACGCUGGCGUGUCACGUGCAUGAGCUGGCGGGGCUGCUGGGGCCGGCCAUCACGGUGCGCUGCCUGCUUCCCGCCCUCCAGGCGCUCGUGUGCGACGAGGACGAGGUGCGCAUGGCGUUGGUGCCCACAUUCACGGCCUUCAUGGCGUGUCUGCCCGCCUCCCACCGCCCGCACUGCGCUCGCCUGCUGCCGCGCCUGCUGUGGCGCCAGGGGCUCUCGCCCCAGGAGGUCCACGCUCAGGAGAUGGCAGCUCAGCGCGCUGCAGAGGCUGCAGAGGCAGCAGCAAUAGCAGCGGCAGCUGCAUCAGCAGAGGGCAGAGAGCGAAGGGAGGGAGGAGAGAGAAGUGAAGGUGAGGGGAUUGAGGGAGGAGAGGGAGGAGGGGGAAGUGAGGGGGAAGAGGUUUGUGCGUUAGCAGCAGCGCCUGGUGCUGCUGGAGGCGCAGAGGGAGUGGGGAAGAGACCAGAGGGACUCGUGAUCGCUCCCUUGGACCCGAGUGCGCAUGUGGAAAGCUGCCUUGCAGAGAGUCCUGUGGCACCACGCCCCUCUGAAGAGGGAAUUGUUAUAAGUAGUGGUGUGUUACAAGGGGCAAGUGUAUAUGGCGAGGAGUAUGUGGAUAGCCCUCGGUACCCACCGCCGCCAAGGAGCCUCGUGGCUGGUGCUGCGGAUGGGGCUGCUGCUGAGGGUGGGAGUAGCGCGCGUGACAGUGACGAGAGAGAGGUAAAUCCAUGUGACAGUAACGAGGGGGAGCGGCUGGAAGUUGGGCAGGGUGGUGAGGGAAAGGAGGCGAGGGAGAAGGUGAGGGAGGAGGCGAGGGAGGAGGCGAGGGAGGAGGCGAGGGAGGAGGCGAGGGAGGAGAGCGGUGGGCUGUGGGCGAAGAUUGUGAGUGGGCUGGGUGGCCUUGGGACAGGCGGUUGGCUGGGGGAGGUGGCAUUUGGGGGAGGCGUGGAGGGUAAGGGAGGGGAGGUGGCAUCUGGAGGAGCAGGUGUGGAUGGCGGUGGAGAGGAGGUGGGCCGUGAGUGUGCAGGGGGGGAUGUGGAGGGGAGUGAGGGGCGUGGUGAUGAUAGUUUGAAUGAGGGGAGUGAGGGGCGUGGUGAUGAUAGUGUGAAUGAGGGGAGUGAGGGGCGUGGUGAUGAUAGUUUGAAUGAGGGGAGUGAGGGGCGUGGUGAUGAUAGUUUGAAUGAGGGGAGUGAGAGCAGUAGUACUAGUGGUGAUGGUGUGAUUGAGGGUAGUGUGAGUAAUGAAAAUAGGUUGAGCGAGGGGAGUGGGAGAGGGAACGAGAGGAACGGGGCAGAGGGAGAAGAAGGAGCAGUGGGGACAGAAAGGGCAAAUGGGGCAGAGGGGGCAGAGGCAGCAGAAGAAGCGGAGAGGAAAGUGCAGGGGUCGCAGGCUGAGUUGAGAGGGGACCAGGGGGAGCUUGAGGGGGACGAAUGCAGGGAGGACGACAGAUCUAUGGGAGAGGAAGGAAGUCAGAGAAGGGAGCAGGAACAAGGCAACAGGGAAGAGAGGAAUGAAGGAGGAAGAGAAGGGAAGGAUGUGGAGGAGGGACCAAAUCAUGAUAGUCCCACGGGGAAGCUCGAGGAGGAGUCUAACCAGUCUACCAGUAACUUCCAUCAGCUGUUGCAGCAGCAACCCGCCAGCAGCAGCAGUCAGCAGCCGUUGGAACAGCACCUUAGCAGCAGCAGCGAUCAACAGCAGCUGCACCAGCAACCCAUCAGCAGCGGCCAGCAGGGCGGCGAGUAUCGUCUGCAGGUGCAGGUGGGCACGCCGGCGCCCAACACAGUGCGCAUCCACGUGGCGGCAGCGGAUUCGCCGAGGCCGCUGGUGCUGGGCGGCAGCAACCCGAGUGUGCAGGUGCAGCUGAGGGCGCUCCCCAGCCGCAACCGCGUGCGCCCGCAGAUGCGUGUGGCCGGCCGGGAGAGCUCCUGGCACCUGCGCCUCGCUGCUCUCAGGUGGGCGGCUGUACUCCUGGAUGUAGAAUUGGGCCAAGCAUCAGGAGUGGCGCAGUUGCUGCCACCCAACAGCGCCGCCCUACCUUUCCUCAUCGACCUCGCUCUCUCCCUCUGCAGGGAUCGGAUCGCUACCGUCCGGGAGGAGGCAGCCAGACAGGCUGCCAAGUUGCUGACCCUCACUACCCUGUCCGCUGCCACGUCAGCAUCACUGCAAGCAGCCACAUCAGUGUCAUCAGCACCUGCCACGUCAGCAUGCCACUCGUCGCUGACAAACGAACCAGCACUUGAUGCCACGUCAGCAAGACGAGGGUUGAAAGAGCAUGCAGAAUGUGGUACUUCAUGUGCAUCUGCCACGUGCGAUCCCGUUGAGUCGUUAUCUGCUGAACCUAAGUCUACUGGCUCCUCUUGUGCCGAGCCUCUUGCCGCUGACUUGUAUGUUUCCGAGCCUCGCGGUGGACCGGGCAGCAGCAGCACAGUGCAUGGAGAGGGGGAAGCAAGGGGCGGGGGUGGGGGGAGCAUUAGCCAGGAGAGUAAUAGUGGGAAGAGCAAGGGCAGAAGCGCGGAGGGGGGUGAGGAGGACGGGGUGAGUGAACAUGCUCUGUCCACUGGCACCAGGGACGGUCACUAUUACGAUCACCAGCAUGCUUCUGCUGCCACUCCUCACUCCACCAAUAUGGUUGCUGUCAACCCUGAUGACGCUGCUGAGAACCCCCAUGAUGAUGCUGUGAAGGGCGUCCAUCCCCACCCUGCCGCUCACCCGGGAGGAGCCCGGCCAUCGCGAUCCCCUCCCCCCCCUGACUCAGAUGCAUCUGCCUCCCAGGCUCUCCUCUCUGCCUUGGCUGCUCUCGCCUCCAGUCGCAAUUUCCGCGACCGACAAACGUACGACAACGUGCCAAAUGUCAGAAUACGAGUGGCCGAGGCCCUCUCUGCCGCUUGGCCCAUUCUUGACACCCUCACUUCGCGGUUGGACGAGCUGCGUGCGUCAGUGGCGUCAGCCCUUGCCCUGCUGGAGGGCGACGAGGAUGCUGACGUGGCAUGGACCGCUCUGGCUAGAGUGCCGUGCCGUCUCCCCACGGGGAUGGGCGUGGAGAUGCCAUGGGCUCGUAUUCGGUUGCCCAGCUCCAUCACCAUCACAAUCAUGCAGCCUGAACAAGAAGUGACACACCAUCAUCAGGUUUGA